AUGAACGACCUCAUGACUGACUCCUUCGUCGCCGCCGCGGCCAAGGCGCAACAGGGCGGCGCGGCCGCGGCCGCCCCCGCCGGCGGCGGCGACGACCCGGAGCUCGGCGCGUUCCAGGCCGAGGCGGACGCGGCAAAGACCGAGAUGGCCGCGCUGCGCGACGAGCUGUCCCACCUCCGAUCCGCGCACGAGGCGUCCAAGAAAGCCGUGGCGGGCGCCGGCGAGGCGCGCGCCGCCACGCAGUCGGCGCUCGUCCGCCUCCUCGGUUCCGCGCGGCGCCUCGCCUCCAUGGACCGGCGCGCCCCGGCCCCCGCGGCGCAGGCCGCGGCGGGUCUCAGCCGCCGCGUGCGCGACCUCACCGCGGACGUGCAGGCGCUCCGGCGGCAGGUCUCCGCGGAGCGCCGGAGCGACGCGGCCCGCCGGUACCUCGCCGUGGCCGGGGACGCGCCGACCGAGGAGCAGCUGGACCGCCUCCUGGCCAGCAGCACCGACGACGGUUCUGUUUCCUCCGACGCGGCGAUGCGGGCGGCGCUGCUGUCUGCCGCAGGCGCGGAGCAGGAUGAGGCCGCGAAGGAGGUGGCGGAGGUGGAGCGCGGCCUCGUGGAACUCCAACAGCUGUUCCUGGACAUGGCCGCGCUCGUGGAAGCCCAGGGCGCGCCGCUGGACGACAUCGAGCGGCAGGUGGGCGCGGCGGCCGGCGACGUGGCCGCGGCCGAAGCGGAGCUUAGCGAGGCCCGGCGGCUGCGGGGCGCGGCGCGGCGGAGGCGCGUUUGCCUGGCCGGCGGAAUCGCGGCGCUGCUGCUCGUCGGCAUUGCCGUCGUCGUCGUGGUGGCCCUCGUGCUGGUGCGCAGGGGCGGCGGCGGGAAGCUUGUGCUGCAGCUCGCCGCGGCCUUGCCCGCGCGGUGA